UGCCGUCGACUGCAUGAUUUGCAUUUUUCGGGAAAAACCAAAAACCAUGUGAUAACAUUGUACUUUUUUCGUGGGAUAUUGGUUAGUUUUUGGAUUAGUGUGAGCUUUUUUCUGAUUUGCUCUGUUUCAUCUGUGGAUCGGCAGCGGAAACCGAGUUGCAGAAACAGCGAAGCAGCGAAUUAUCGGUCUUCGCUGAACGGACAUGCGUUUGCAUUUUGAUUGAAUCCUUGUUGCUUGCGUGUGGACAUUGAAUUUCCUGGCAGAUUGUUUUGCGAAGAUGUUGUGGCGAGUGGGGAGCCAGUCGGGCGGCCCGUGGCUGGUGCGCUGGCGGAGCGUCGGACGGUCUCCCUUCGCCGUCGCGCACGCGCAGCCGUCUGCUUGGGAGAGCGCUGUGCAGCUGCAGUCCGCGCGCACUCUCGCCGUCUCCGCUCUCUACCCGACGUUUCUGCGGGGAAAUGAUUUCCCUUCGUCAUCAGCCCGCUGCCUGUCCACCUGGACGUCCGGGGAUCCCCGCAGCGCUUCGUUUCGCAGCAGCGAAAAUGGCCAUGGUUCUUCGCUGAUGAUCAGUCCCUGGGGGCGGUGGUUGCAUCAGCCCGCGGCGGGCUUUCUCGGUCAUUCAUCCGUUUAUGCUCUACACAACGCGGUGCUGCACCACCAGCGGCGCUUCCUGCACGUCAGUCCGCGGCGGUGGGAGGCGGCGGAGGAGAAGUCGAAGGUGGAGCGCACGGUGGAGGCGCUGAAGAAGGACAAGCAGAGCAAGGAGCGCGUGCUGCAGCCGCCCGCGGUGGCCGGCGGCAGCGGCGGCGACAGCGCCGUCGCCGCGGCGCGGACGGAGGAGAAGGCGCUGGCGGCGCCGUCCAAGAAGACGCUGUGGCAGAAGGAGGGAGCGAUCGGAAAGAAGCUGGAGAUGGCCAAGUUCCUGCAGGAGACGAUCCACGAGACGGCGCUGGAGCACCAGGACCAGCAGAAGUCGACGCGCGCCGCCGAGUUCGCCGCCUUCUUCGACCGCAUCAAGGGCACGGGCGAGGAGGCCAGCACGGCGGAGAUCAUGAAGUUCGCCAAGUUGUUCGAGGACGACCUGACGCUGGACAACCUCCCGCGGGAGGUCGUCGUCGCCAUGUGCCGGCUGCUGGACAUCGGCACCUACGGCCUGCCGCCCGAGUUCCUCCGCUUCCAGCUGCGCAUGCGCCUCCGCAAUCUCCGCUCCGACGACAAGAUGAUCCAGAGGGAGGGCAUCGACAAGCUGGACGACGAGGAGCUGCAGGCGGCGUGUCGCGCCCGCGGCAUGCGCUCCAUCGGGGUGUCGCGGCAGCGGCUGCAGGCGCAGCUGGCGCAGUGGAUCGACCUGAGUCUGCGCGAGGAGAUCCCGCCCAGUCUGCUGCUGCUGACGCGCGCCAUGUACCUGCCCGACAACCUCACCACGCAGGAGCAGCUCAAGACCACGCUGGCCCAGAUGCCCGAGAAACUGGGCGGCGAGGUGGAGGUGAAGAUUGCCGAGGAGGAAGGCGCCAAGCCGGACUACGAGGUGAAACUGCGACUGGUCAGGGAGGAGCAGGAGGGCAUCAAGCGCGAGGAGGCCGAGCGGAAGGAGCGCGAAACAAAGGAGAAAUCCGCCGACGCGACGGAGCCGAAAAAGGAGGAGCAGGAGGGCAUCAAGCGCGAGGAGGCCGAGCGGAAGGAGCGCGAAACAAAGGAGAAAUCCGCCGACGCGACGGAGCCGAAAAAGGACACCAUGCGCACCAAGGAGACCAGCGGCAUUGGCUGGCAGUCGGGCGCGGGGCCUCUUCCCGUGAUGUUCAGCCGCAGCGCUGCUACACUGGCCAGCCAGUCACCGUCCCAUUCCGAUUCGGCACUGGAAAGGAUUCGUUGGCACUUUGCUGGUCUGUUCGAAUCUUGGGAAAAUUCAGCCGGCGGCAUUGCCGAUAAUGAAAUGCUCCUCCCGGGCAUUCUGGAGGCCAUGAUCUGGGAGGAUCCGGAGCGCGACAAGCGCGUAGAUGUGGGAGCAGUGCAGAGCUUACUGCAGCACGGUCGUCCGCUGUGGCUGCCCCCAGCCGACGGCUCUAAGCUGAUGGCCGGCUGUGUUCUGUUUCUGCGUAAGAAACACUCGCGUUGGUCCAUCUUGAGCCACACCCUGACCGCGCCCAAUGAUCUGUCAGAAGAUGCGCGACGGACUGUCGCCGCUGCGAGGGACCUGGAAGCGCUGGAAAUGCUUAACGUCGGCGUGUUGACCACGAAUCUCCUGUAUCAGGAGCUGCGGACUCGUUACUCACCCCAGGAAGUUCUCCGUCUCCUCGGCCACGUGACAGCGGAACGGUGUGCCAUGGCGCCAAAUUUAUGUGAUGAAGCUGACACAGCUGCGCUGGCCGUGGACGUCAUAAUGCAGCUAAUAGCGAUUGCUGGUGAUGCGGAUGGACGGAAUUCUCACGAAUCCAAAUUGGCGGAGGACAUGAAAAAUGCUGAAUAUUUGCUCCGAUCGGGGGUGGUGGGCAUUGAAGCGCAGUUGGUACUGGGGCAUUGUGAUGAUUACGACUGGGCGGAUGCUGUGGAUUCUGGCGGAGGGCGUGGAGGUGUGGUUGUCCAUUGGGGAUGGGUGUAUUACACCCUGCGCAUUACGCCUGUCCACAGCACCGCGGUUGGUUCGCUCACGACCCGAGUCUUACGCGCACUGGGAGACAGUUUCGAUGGACGCGGUCCGGUAUCGCUCGAGCUCGUGGAUCGUCACGGGUGUGGACGGAAUCAUCCCAAAAUAUGUGAUAGUAUAAUUGUGGCCGUCAGCCCGGGCAAGCCGAGAGUUAACCGACCGGAAGUGGCCGUUGUAGAGUCGAGUUUUACCAAUGAGAAUUGUGCCGUUUUGUUUAUUGAGUCCGCGAAUUGGCUGGGAAGAGCCACGCACGCCCAGUACUGCUUCGCAGUCAAAAUUGCGGAAUCGACCAACUACUUUCAUGGAUACUUGUGGGUUUUUAAGAAGACAUCGGCCCCGAUCGGCAAAAGCGGUCCUGGUCGAGGCGGUUGCGCCCGCCUCGCUUCCACUCCCACCGGGAAAAAAGAAGGCCGCUACAAUGUUUAUGCGGUCAACGGUCGUUCCGUCACGGCGCUCUCCUGUGAGUUUAUGGGCAGGGAGGAGAUUCUCAAUAUAUUCGACAUGCACCUAAUCGGCAAAUUCGAGCUGAAUCCAGACACCUUGAACGCGCCGAUUACGUUUCCCAUGGAUGUUGUGCUGCCCAGUGGAGAGAAGAAGGUGUAUUCUGUGAAUUUAGCGGGCUACUGCGAGGAGGUAUUUAAUUCGUGGCUGAAAUAUAUCGGCGAAAUUUGAUUGUUCUCACUGAUUGAUCUCGCUUUUUUGGUAUGGUGUUUUACUUCCUUGAAAGUUAACCUGGAAUGUUGCUCAGUUGUUGUGAUUAACGCUUUUAACGGUGCAGUCGGUGCUGGCCCGGGGUGAAGAUGUGCUAAGAAUAAAUUUCUGUAAUGUGAUAA